CGUACCAUACACGACUUGCUCUGCUCAAUGCGGAUAAAGAAUAUUGCUUGGCCAUUAAGUUUCGAACUCCCAAUAAAUUCUGGAAAGCAUAAAUGAACAAGGAAAUCUGGAAUCUGUUGGAAUAAUCACCUUGAAGAUUCAGAUGCAGCGAAUCGAUUAGUAUAGUUCUCGAAAAAUGAGCCUCAUGGACAAAUUUACAGCUGCCUCGGGCAUGGAUUCAUUUGUGUACUUUGUUCUGCUUUUAGCGCUUCCCCUGCUACUCCUGAUUAAGUUGAAGAAGAAAUCUAAUCUGCCUCCCGGGCCUCGAAGAUGGCCGAUUGUUGGCAACCUAGUACAGGUCAUGCUCUCGAAGCUAGGGUUUCAAGGUUAUAUACAAAAAGUCCAGAGAAAAUACGGCCCAAUUUUCACAAUCAGAUUGGGGUCUCAACCGAUGAUUAUUAUAGCAAGCCGUGAUUUGGCCCACGAGGCUCUGGUCCAGAAAGGCUCCCUCUUUGCCAGCAGACCACCCGCGAAGGGCCUCCGCAAGCUCUUCACCAGCAACCAGAUGAACAUCAGCUCUGCCCCCUACGGCCCUCUCUGGCGAUCCCUCCGCCGAAAUCUGGUCAGCGAAACCCUAAGCUCUCCUGCCUUGAAGUCCUUCCAGGAGGGCAGAGAUUGGGGUCUCCAGGUGCUCAUCCAGGGUUUGAAAACCGAGGCUGCGCAAAACGAAGGCGUGGUGAAAUUGGUAGAGCAUUUGAGGCACGCGUCCUUUUGCUUACUGCUCUACAUGUGUUUUGGACUGCAAGUGGAGGAGAAUGAGGUCCGAGAGGUGGAGGGCGUUAUGAGAGAAUUGCUUCUCACCGUUGCGAGUCUCGCAUUAGAGGACACGUUUCCCAUUCUUAAGGUUUUCUACAGGAAGCGCCGAGAACGAAUGCAGGGGAUGCACCGCCGUCAGGAGGAGAAACUGGUUUCGCUUAUUAACCGGCGCCGGGAGGAGUUAGCGGAGGGGGCGGCCGUAAAUUGCAGGGCGUAUGUCGAUUCUCUGUUUUCUCUGACUGUUGACGGCGGGAGAUGUUUGACGGAGCAGGAGAUGGCGACUCUGUGCUCGGAAUUCAUCACUGGCGGUACCGACACCACAUCGACCACGAUACAGUGGGUGAUGGCUAAUUUGGUGAAGUAUCCAGAUGUCCAGAGCAAGCUUUACAAGGAAAUUGUAGGGGUUGUCGGUAAGGAAGGGGUUAAGUUGGUGGAAGAGGAGAAGCUUGUUUCUGAGAUGCAAUACCUGGAGGCGGUUGUGAAGGAGGCGCUGCGGCGACAUCCACCUGCGAAGUUCGUUCUUUCGCACGCCGUUACGGAAGACUGUAGCCUUGGCGGUUAUGAUAUCCCUGUGGGGGCUUUUGUGAAUUUUUGUGUUUCUGAGAUGGGCAACGAUCCCGCAGAGUGGGAGAAUCCUGCGGAUUUUAGGCCCGAGAGAUUUGUGAACGGUGAAGUGGAUUUGACGGGAGGGAAGGGGAUCAAGAUGAUGCCUUUUGGCGUGGGGAGGAGGAUUUGCCCUGGCUUAGCCGUUGCCAUGCUCCAUGUUGAACUUAUUGUGGCCACACUGGUUCUCAAAUUUGAAUGGCAGACCAAACCGGGAGAAACUGUGGAUCUUGCAGAGACGCAGGAGUUUACCACCGUGAUGAAAUAUCCGCUACAGGCCGUAAUAAAGGAAAGGGUUGCAACACCUGGAUACUAAAAACUUGUCCUGUGAGAUUUAAUAAUCAUCUGUAUGGCUCAAGCUGUAAGCAAAGUGGGCCUGAUCUUUCUGGAGGAUGCACUUCGGGUUAGUCUCCCUCUACUGCAUCUUAAAAUUUGUUUCAAUACUCACAAACUAGCCUGCUUUAGGAAUAUUCGCCAGCACCCAGUAAUUCUAUUUAGUUAUAUUCAAUUCAUCUUAUCUCACCCAUUUCCAUACACAGUCCCAUUCACCUAGUAUUUUUUUUCGUAGCUUUCAUGUUUGAACAUCCAUUCCAAGCUUUUACUUAGUAUUAGUCCGAUAUCAUGUGUCAAUUGUGCAAGUGCAAAAUUUAUCCACCAAGAAACUCAACCAUUGCAUAGUUGUAGGUCUAUAUAUUGUAAAGUUAUUUUUGUGCUAAAUCAUUGAAUUCAAUACCAUAUUAGAUUUAUCUAA